AUGAGCUUCUUCUCCUUCGGCGAUCUGCCUACGAUCCAAACCCGCAAGGCUUUGCUGCUGCUCGACUUCCAAAAUGAUUUUGUGCGCCCCGCCGGCGCCCUCCACGUCGCCAACACCACCGAUAUCCUCGAGUCCCUCCCCCAGCUGGUCGCCGCCUUUCGUCGCGUCGGCGAUGUCAUCUGGGUACGAUCGCAGUAUGAUGCCCCCCAGGGUCUAGACGACUGGAACUUUGGCGACCGCAUCGUCUUGGAAAAGCAACCCCCGAGGCGGGAACCGGUACCUACGUCCGAUAUCAUUGAAGCUUCCUCCGACCGCGACACUCCCGAGCCUGUCGAUCCCGAAGCUUUUCUUUCGGGCCAAGCUGCCACUGCUUGUUCCCCCCAGACUUCCGGCUUUCAAUUCCCCGCCCCGAUUCUAGCUGCCCUCGAUCGGGAGCGAGACACGGUGUUGGACAAGACCGGUUACUCCGCCUUGGAGUCCGAGGGUCUCGUCUUCUCAUUCCGAUCCCGCUUUAUCACCGAGAUUUAUCUCUGUGGUUCGCUCUCCAAUGUAUCCGUCUAUGCGACCGCCUGCGAUGCUGUCCGCAACGGUUUCUCGGUUACCCUCAUCGAAGACUGUCUCGGCUACCGGGACUUUCAACGCCAUCAAGAGGCUAUGCGUCGCAUGGCGGAUAUUCUCGGAGAAACCCACGCCAUCGCGAAAGGUGGUUCCCAACCAAAACAACGAGCGACCGCGCCAUCGGGCAUUGAGGGCUUCAUGGGUAGCUUAGGGGUCCAGACGGAUGAUACCAUCCCGGAAGAAACUCCAGAUGAUGACAUGCGCAGUCUGACCGAGCUGGCCUCGCUCACUCGAACCCACCGGAUGACAGCAGGGGGUUCUCAGCCUCGUCCGGGAGGAGUCGAGGGCAAGAAGCAUGUCCGCGCUCGAGUGCGCCGCCCGAAACGUCGUGAGCCAACCCCUGAUACCGGAGCAGCAAAUGGAAGAUCUAGCAACAGCAUUGGAGAAGGUGAUUCUCGUCUCAUUCCCGAACUUGACCUACCCGCAGAUUUCUUUGAGCGUAUUCACGGAGAAGUCUCCUGGCAGAAAAUGUAUCACCUUUCAGGCCAGGUGCCUCGGUUGGUGGCGGUACAAGGGGCCAUUCAGCCAGAUGGCUCGAUGCCAAUAUAUCGACACCCCGCAGAUGAAUCUCCGCCCCUGAAACAAUUCACACCCGCAGUGGACCAAGCAAGAAUCGCAGUCGAGCGAAUCCUGGGCCAUCCUUUGAAUCAUGCACUCAUUCAACUUUACCGCGACGGAAACGACUCGAUCUCUGAGCACUCGGAUAAGACACUCGACAUCGCUCGGGGCUCAUACAUUUGCAAUGUGAGUCUAGGCGCCCAGCGUGUGAUGGUUCUCCGCACCAAAACAUCUGCGAGCGAGGCCAAGGAAAAUGAAGGCCAUGAAGUGGUCCGCGCGACACAACGUGUCACCCUCCCGCAUCGAUCACUUUUCGUUCUCGGCGAGAAAACGAACAUGCGUUGGCUGCAUGGCAUUCGACCGGAUAAGCGCCCAGAUGCCGCCAAAGCACCCGAGGAGAAAGCAUACGGCGGCGAGCGCAUCUCUAUUACAUUCAGGCACAUUGGCACUUUUGUUGACCCGGCAGCCAACCUCAUCUGGGGCCAGGGAGCCGUGAGCAAAUCGAGAGAAACCGCGCGCACCGUGAUUCAUGGUGAUCCCGCGCAGACAGAGAGAUUGAUCCAUGCCUUCGGACAAGAAAAUCGUGCUACGGAAUUCAGUUGGAGCGGAGUCUAUGGCGGCGGAUUUGAUGUUGUCAACUUUGUGACUCCAUCAACGUCACGUUUGGUAUUGGGUGGCGAUGCGGUAGCCGAUCUGAGGCCAAGCUUCACGGGCUUCGAUGGUAAUACUGUUGUUGGCGAUUUGAAUAUCUUGAAAUGUCUCGCCGAGCGGCCCGCUGAAUCUGUCCGCCCUGGUAUCGAGAUCCUUCGAGGCGGCAGUCACAUCCCAUGGAUAGAAGAAAUAUUCUCUUGCUGGCGUAAGCACCGUCAGAGCAACACGGGGUCCAUCUUUGAUUUCGGGCUCAGUAUGUUUGAUCGUGCCCUCGAUGGACAAUCUUAUCUCGGAGGCUCAACGUUUGGCAUUGAUGAUUGCUCGUUAUGGCCGGUUUUACGAGAGAUCUGUCAGGCCCAGGGUCCCUUUGAGAACCGAUUCCCGAAUCUUCACCAAUAUUAUCAACGCGUCGAGAAACGAGGCAUCGUUCGAUCCAUCCUCGAGGAAUUGCGCUGA